UUUGCUUCCAAUAAACUCCAACGAAGUGCUCUUGCUUUUUCUCAUUCUUAUAUCAUCAUCAUCAAUGGAGAAGGAAGACCUGUACGCUGUUAUGGAUUUGAACAAUGAAUGUACACAAAGAGAUCUCAAACUUUCUUACAAGAACCUUGUUCUGAAAUGGCAUCCAGAUCGGUUUCUUGAAGAUAUUGAGAAAGAUGAAGCCAAGAUGAAGUUUCAGUCCAUUCAACGAGCCUAUUCUGUUUUGUCGGAUUCCAACAAGAGGCUGUUGUAUGACGUCGGUGCUUAUGAUAGUGAUGACGACGAAACUGGAAUGGCUGAUUUCAUAAAUGAGAUGGUGACGCUGAUGGCUCAAACUCAAUCUACGGGUGACGAAAGUUUAGAGGAAUUUGAAGAGUUGUUUGAAGAAUUAUUGAAGGAUGAUGUGAAUCAAUUCAAAACUCGUUCGUAUUCGCCGGUUAAUGGCACGUCGGUGCGUUGCGAUGAUUUAUCAAAUGAUAUUCCGAACAAAAUUAACGCUCAUGACAACUGUUGUUGUAUAAGUUCUAGUAAGGUAGGUGGUCCAUCGACGAGAUUCCAAGUUGGCAAUAGAAGAUCUAAGAAGUAGAGCAUGACAAAGUUAACAUUACAUUUUUUAUGCAACUUCAUAUGUUUUAUUUUCGUUGUCUUGGUGCUAGAAAAAUAUGGUAUGUGUAAUUUUGUAUACAUUUUUUAUGGAACUUCAUAUGUUUGAUUUGUAUUAAACCUUUAGGUCGUUU